UCAAUCAAAUCAAAAUUGCUCUCAUUCUUUAUUAAAACUUGAGUUACAAUACUUCAAUCCCAAGUAAUCCAUCCCCCUGAAUCAAAAUCCAAACCCAAAUCCCACCCAGUUUAGAAUCUAUGAGUUCUAACCACUUCCCAAUUCCAAAACUUCACCUCCAAGUCAUUCUUCCACAAACCCCACUUCCAUUCGGCUUUGGUUUUCAGUCCUAUAUUUACGGGAUCCCUCAGAAAUCACAGAAACCCAGAAGCAACAAAAAGAGUUCGCAUUGCCACGAAACCGAAAAAAAACGAAAGAAGUUCUUCCCUUUGCCAUCAUCUGUUAGAAAUUUGCAGUCUGGUGAAGAAGAAUGGAGGAGUGGAGUGUUGACGAUUACCGUAAAAUCGAUAAGCUUUUGAAGGAGACUAAAGAGUGGCUUCACCAACUGGAUAGCAGGAAGAGACUGAACGUUGUUCGGGAGAUUCUCAAGAACCCUCAUUACGAUGAGUCUGAUGUAUACAUCCUCUGUCUCAACGAGUAUCAAACACCAUCUGAUCAUAAGUUGAUUCAUAACCCACCUGAGCCUAGAAACCCUUCCAAGAUUCGGUUUCGGAUGAGAGAACAGAAACCCAUCAAACCCAUUACGGAGGAAAAGAAUAUGGUGACGAAACCUGAAAAAAGAAUGGGUCGAAAAGGGCCUCGUGAUGAGGAUUGGAGUGGCGGUGAAGAAGAAACGGGUAGGGAAAAGAAGAAAAGGGUGGACAAGAAGAAGAAGAUGGUGAAUCCUGUGGUUUUACCAGAAAAACAACGGGAUUUGCCGGCAGAACUCAAGGAUAGGAUCCGAGCUCUAAACGGGUCCGAUGUCAUUAUGGUCAUUGAAAAGACACUCUACGAAACGGACGUGAACACUGGCAACGGGCGCCUCUCCCUCCCGGCGAGACAAAUCGACAUGAGAUUCCUAACUGAGGAAGAGAAGGUUUUCCUGGCAACAAAACAAGACGGGAGCAAGGUCACGCGGAUAAGAUCGAGGAUCAUCGGAGAGGGAGGAAUGGAACAGGGGAUAUGCCUAUGCAAGUGGAACAUGCCCAAGAGCUUAUCGGAGAAUGUGAGUGUAAUAUACAAUCUUCUUUCCGGGUGGAACGAUGUUUUGAAGGCUCAUGAACUCCGCAACGAUAAACUCUGCAGACAUACGACAGUGCAGUUGUGGUCAUUCAGAGUAGAGGGAAAUCUCUGGUUCGCUUUUGUUAAAGUUUCAAAAUCUCCAGAUUGCAAUUGUAAACGAUAUGCGUAA